AUGUGGCCGCGCGUGUUCGGCGACGGCGACUUCUGGGGCGAGGACAUGAUCCUCAUGAACAGCGUCCUGCGGGACGACGCCGCGGGCAGGGCGCUGACGCACCUCGAGAUCAUCACCCUCGAGGCCGGCGACCUCAUCGAGAUCCUCCCGCGGUUCCCCCGGGAGCACCAGGCGCUCUGCCGGGCGAGGACGAAGAUGGCCAUCGCGCGGGCCAUGCGGAAGAUCUCUUGGAGCCUGGCCGCGGUCCGGGCGGACGCCGAGAAGGAGAGGACAUACCUGGCCCUCGACGACGGGCAGGUGCAGGGCCUCAUCGCGAGCAUACUGCGCGACGACGGCAGCGGCGGCGUCCCGGACCCGCUGGGCCGCUCGCGGAGGAUCGGGGGGGCAGCGUCAGCGGAGCUCUGCUCCCGGCGUACUCCGCCAAGCAGGCCACGCGGAGCCUGGAGGGGUCCGUGCCCCCCCCGAAGCAGCACUCGCACGUGCUGGGGCAGCUCGACCUGCUGCAGGGCAAGGUGA